AUGGCUUUCAAGAACUCAACCCUCGCCAAGUACAUCAAAAAUAUCAAGACUUCUCCACGGUCUUUGAUUGCCAAUCGCACGCUCUUGACGUCGUCGGCACUCUAUGCACUUGCUGGAAUCCCCCUGUGUUGGGACCAAGGUUCAAGCGCCACUAUACCCUCUCUUCCAGGCUUCUCUGCAGAGUUUGGAAUCACGUCAGCAUCCAACCCGAGCCAGGUUUCCAACUUCGUCUCCCUAGUAUACAUAGGAUGCGGUGUCGGAGCCGCUCUUUCGUUCUUCAUCAACGACCGCGUGGGCCGAUUAUGGUCCCUCCGUCUGUACUCCUUUAUCUGGAUUGUCGGCCAGAUGAUUGCCGUUGGCUCGCAAGGAAACCUCAAGACUAUGUACGCCGGUCGAAUUGUGGCUGGAUUCGGCAUCGGACCCCUUACUGUCAUCGGACCUGUCUCGCUCGUGGAGAUUGCUCCCUCUGAAAUUCGGGGUCUACUCACCACCUGGUUCAGCGUUGUUCUCUUGCUGUCGCUUUUUCUGGCCGCAUUCACGGUCUACGGCUGUUUUGUGAGCAUGGUUGCUAGCUCGCUGCAGUGGCAGGKCCCMUUCUUUGUACCAACCAUCCUCAUGGCCUUUGUCAUCCUCGCCAGUUUCUUUGUAAGUGAGAGCCCACGCUGGCUCUUCCUGAAAGGCCGCGACGAAGAAGCUACCGCUGCUCUUGUGAAGAUCCGCGGCCUGCCACUGGAUCAUCCUCGCGUGCAAUCCGAGUUACAAGAUAUCCAAAAAUCCCUCGCCAAGGAGCGCGCCGCUUAUGGAAAUGCCACAUCGUAUUCCAUUCGGGGCCUGGGAGCUAUUCUGCGAGAAACUUUUCUAGUUCCGGCAAAUCUCCGACGUACUCAACAAGCCUUCAUGUCAUAUGCCCUAGCCCAGCUAUCCGGCGCCAAUAGCAUCACAACGUAUCUAGUUCCUAUACUGAACUUGGUCGGUGUCAAUGGCGGUACUUCGUACAGUCUCUUCAUUGCUGGAAUGUAUGGAGUAGUCAAAUUCAUUUACACUCUGAUUGCCAGCUUCUUUUUUGUCGACGCUCUUGGUCGUCGAAACAGUCUGUUUUUUGGUAUCACGGUGCAGAUGAUGUCGGAUAUUUACAUCGGCGUCUUUAUCAAGUACCACCAAGCAGGACCCGUACCUAGUGCUGCGGGACAGGCUGCUCUCGCGGCCAUUUUCAUUCAUGGCUUCGGCUAUGCUGUAGGUCUUCUAGUAUUGCCCUACGUAUUUGUCUCCGAACUAUGGCCAAACCAAAUCCGUUCAUUUGGCGCCGCUCUAACCCAAACCUUUCACUGGCUAUUCUUCUUCGGCGUCAACAAAGCCAUUCCAUCCCUUCUUUCCAGUACCCACAACUGGGGGGCGUUCCUCUUCUUUGCCGGUUGGUGUUUCUUGGCCCUCAUCUACGCCUUCCUGGUGGUCCCUGAGACAGCCGGCGUGGAUCUGGAAAAGCUGGAUGCUUUGUUUGAGGGUCCUUGGUGGAAUCAGUACAAGAGGCCUAAGGCUGUAGUGACCGAGUCUGUGGAGAUAGGGCAGAACAGCGAUAACGAAGAAACCCAGUCAGCAGACGCUGUUGCCAUGAAGCAGUAG